AUGGCUAGUGAGGAGAGUUUCGUAGUGUUGGUUCACCACAGAGGAUCCAUUAAGAGAAAAACUCAUUCCGGUGUGAAGUUCACUGAUAAGGAUCCUCUCUGUGUUAUCGUAAGGCCUACGAUGAGGUAUGAGGACCUUGUUAGCUCUGUACUGCUAAAACUUGGUCUAGAAGGUGUAAAACGGGUCAUGUUUCAUUGUCGCCGGCAGUUUCCAGAGGUGAGGACACCAAAACUGUUGGCAAAGUUGGUUGAUGCCGUGUCCAGCUCGGGGGGUUCGAACCGGAAUACCACCACUUUAGCCACGGUAGCCGGUUCUAGCUCAAGACCAGCCGUGGCAUCUUCCUCCGUCUCUGCGUACGAGCCGCCCCUCCAACCUGUCGCCUCUCCUUCGUUCGCUGUUGAUCUCAACGGGAGUGUAGGCGACGAGGUCGGAGAAGGGAAAUAUCCGCGGACCUCUUUACAGUGUCUUGUACCGGCUGGGGUUGGAGAUGGAUUCUUGGAUGAUCCAGAGGAGGAUGAUGUCGAGCCGGAUAUGAUUACUGAUGACAGUGGUGAUGAUGUUGGAGCAAGUGAGCCUGCUGGGGCGGGCGGUGGUUCUAGCUCUGGCACGCAGCAGUACCCUCCACAUUUUUUCUCUUUGGACUUGGCUGCCAUGAGGCAGGAGGGGGUACCUGGGCAGCCGGCUGGAUUUGGCGCUAGAGAUGCUGAAGGGUCUGCAGGUCUGACAGAGUUUCAGGUUGGUCAGCAAUUUCCGGAUAAAGAAGAGGCCCUCUUAAGUGUCAAGACUUACAGCAUCCAUCGAGGGGUACAGUACAAGGUUGUGGAGUCUGACUAUCGCCGGUAUGUGGGCAAGUGUUCUGAGUUCGGCAAUGGGUGCACAUGGUUGAUUCGGCUUUGUCUCCGACAGCGAAAGGAAGUUUGGGAGGUCAAACGUUACAACGGACCGCAUACUUGUCUCGCCACCUCGAUUUCCAACGACCACAGGAAAUUGGAUUACCAUGUGAUAUCGGCAUUCAUUAUGCCAAUGAUUAGGGCUGACGCAUCUGUCAGCAUCAAGGUGCUCCUAAAUGCCACCGCAACACACUUCGGGUUUAGGCCGACUUACAGGAGGGUCUGGUUGGCAAAGCAGAAGGCUGUUGCCCUCAUCUAUGGUGACUGGGAUGAGUCGUACAAUGAGCUCCCAAGGUGA